AUGCAGCUGGUUGCGAGUGCCCUAGUGUUGGCGGUGGCCCUCCUGGCCACUGUGGCCUGGUCUGUCAGUGCCGACCCCAUUGACCUGCGUGCGACGGAAGACACGACCAUCUGCGACAGCAAUACGGAGGAAGAUCUGGCCAACGCACUCGGGGAUGGCCUCUAUGUUGGCGUGACUGGCCGCGACCUGGAGCGCAGGGCGCUGGUGAAAUUCAACGUCACCGAUGUGCCAAACCCAGACGGCAUCCAGAACGUCACCUUUGUCCUCUACGAACGCAGCAACCCCAAGGACCAGCCAGCCAACAUCUCCCUCCACCGCGUCCUGCAGGAGUGGCAUGAGGGCAUGAGCUUCUUCCCUGGCGGAGCAUGCGCUCCGUCCUCCUCCAUUGAUGCGUCGUGGAACUACAGUGUUGUGAACCAGACGCGUUGGCAAGCCCCUGGCGGCAGCUUUGUGGCCACGCCCUCCGUCCUCACUGAAGUCGGCAAGGACACUGCCUUCUACACGUGGUCAGGCGAUGGUUUGAUUGAUGAUGUCAAGUUUUGGGUUGCCAACCCGGAGCAGAACUUUGGUUGGAUCCUUCUCAACAACCAAGAAGGGGCCCGUUCCGUGAAGAGCUUUGCAUCUCGCCAAGCAGCAGAUGCAGAGGACAUCCCACGCCUCAUCAUAGGCUAUGAUUUGGCGCCAUCCCCACCACCGGGCAACCCCGACGGCAGCAGCUCAGACAAGACUGUGAUCAUUGCCGUGGUCGUGAGCCUUGGCGCCGUAGCCAUCAUUGGUGUCGUGGUCAUGUACACUGUCAAGAAGCGCAGCAGGGGCCCGCAGCCCCAGCAGCUGGCAGCGGACGAUUACGGCCUCUGA